AAUGGAUACUGGAUUUGGUCUCGAACUGUGGCUGCAUAUAUUCGACAAUAGAUGGGAUUAAUUUCAGUUUUAUUUCAGCUGUUUUGGGACCAAAGCCACGCGAUCAUACUCUAAAGGCUUCCCCGGGAGCAGUUACCCUAUGGGAUCUGAUUACUGAUCCUGAUCCCCUGAAGUGAUAUGUCGAUCUGCGAAUGACAAAUGGAGAAUUGGGUCAGGGACCUCUGCGCCAUGGUGGAUCAUGUGGGGAAUAUUGAAGCGCUACCCAGAGAAUAGUUUCGAUGGGAUAAGGCUAAUUCUCCAUCCCAAUGGGGCAAACGUUGAUAAGGAGCAGAGGCGAGUUGAUCACGCAAGGAAUCCAUUACAGUCGUCGGUGCUACUACCCCUGCCUAUGUUAGAUGAUCCGUCUUACGCCUAUUGUAUCCACUACAAUCCGCCUUGGGCGAAUUUUGCGACAGGUAAUCCCAAAAUCAGAGAAAGGGAGCCACGAGGGACCCACGGAACGGACAGCAAGGGCCGGAAUGCCAGACUCAUCUACUGUGUGGACGCGCGUUGUCUGCAAUGAUCUACUCAAAUUACCUGGUUUGUCUGUCUUCCCAGCGUGGCUGUCAAGCUACUUAUUGCCUUGGUUGUCUGUUGGAAACCA